AUCGAUUACAUUGAUGUUAACAUCGAUGUUUAUCCAGCCCAGCUCUUAAAAUACAAGAAUAAAUAGUAUUACAAAUUAAAAAACAAGAAAACUAACUCUAAUAUAAUGACUCGUCGCCGUAUUAAGCACAAUUCUUUAACUUUCUUUCAUUGUUGAACGUUGUCACUGUUGUGUGUGGGCCAAUAUUAUACUUGAACGCGGACGACUGAAAAUGUGUGUGUAUACGAAUGCAUGUGUGUAUAUGUAUUCGCUUAACGAAGUCCUGAAAUGUAAUAAUAAAUCGAAUCUGUGUAAAGUUGAAUAGUUAAUCAACUAAAGUUAAACGACUCAAGUGUUAUGUUAUGCUGAUUUAAAGAAAAAUCUUUUCAAAAACGUACAAAACAGAAAAUCAGCAGUAGCGUCCUCCCAAUUCUACAGCAUAGCAUACAUACAAUUAUGUUUGUAUGUAUGCAGCUGCAUCAGAAAAUGCAGCCUGCCAUGGAACUUGAAUGAUUGUAAUGCUGUCCGCACCAUGCAAGCGACAUAAUAUUUUUGUAUAUGAAAGAAAUCGCAAUAAGACAACUGAGCAAAACCUCGAAGAUUCAAAAUGCCAUCAACGUACUGUAGUGUCCAUAGACGAGAUUGUAAAAGUGAUUACACCGGCAGCCGUAACACCAUUUCUUCCAUGAAUAAAUUGGCUUCCUUACGAGUUCACAAAAUCAGUACAUUGGUGCCGUCUACACUCGUUCCUCAAAUUUCAACGCCGAUACCGAAACCAGUGCACAAUGGAUCUCGUUAUUUUGCAAAAAUUUCGUUAUUAUGCAUAAGUUGGCUGAUUGCAUUUCAAUGCAACUUAAGAUUUACACACGCAGAUCAAGUUGUUCUGUUGGACACGACCAGAGAAGCUACUCUAGAAUGGACACGAUAUCCGUAUGGUCCACAGGCCCAAACUCCCGGCUGGGUAGAAGAAUCAUUUACAGACUUUGUUAAAGGCAUUAACUGGAGAAGCUAUGUUGUUUGUGAUGUUGCAUAUCACAAUGUCAACAACUGGCUGUGGUCGCCGUUUAUUGAUCGAGGACCGGCUAAUCGGCUUUAUAUUGAAAUACAAUUCACAAUACGGGACUGUUCCCUAUUUCCAGGAAAUGCUUUGUCUUGCAAAGAAACAUUUAGUUUACUCUUCUACGAGUUUGAUGCUGCAACUCGCGAGCCCCCGCCGUGGCAAACUGAUAGCUACAGGCUUAUUGCUCGCAUUGCUGCUGGAGAGGGCCGCUUCAAUCAGAACUCCGAUGUGGAUAUCAAUACAGAAGUGAAAAGCAUAGCCGUGAACAAAAAGGGCGUUUACUUUGCCUUUAGAGAUCAGGGUGCGUGCAUAAGCGUCCUUGCAGUGAAGGUCUAUUACAUUACCUGUCCGGCCGUAACUGAAAACUUUGCACACUUCAACGAAACGCCUACGGGAAAGGAAAUAACUAUUAUCGAAAAACAGAACGGAACGUGCGUAGAAAACGCUGAACCCUAUGAAUCACCUACAUACCUUUGCAAGGGUGAUGGAAAAUGGACGAUUCUUACAGGCGGUUGCCGCUGCAAGGUCGGCUACGAACCAAACGAUGUAAAUAAAACAUGUACAGAAUGUCCCGUUAGCACAUUUAAAUCGCCUGAGGUUCGGAAAUGUAUGCCGUGCCCGCCCAACUCCAAUUCCUCAAAAACGGGGUCACCGUUUUGCAUGUGCUUGCCAGGAUACUAUAGACAUCCCCGGGACGGUCGUCACAUGCCUUGCUAUAGUCCGCCAGCUGCACCUACAAACCUCACCUUGUUGUUUGUGGACCAAACAAGUGCAAUAAUUUCAUGGAGUGCUCCAGCUAGGAAUGAAUCGCAGCUAGUCGAAGGCCAGGGCCAACUUUAUAGCUACCGUAGCGAUAUUGUGUACAAGGUACGCUGCAGUAUGUGCAGCGCAAAUGUAAUGUUUAACCCGUCAACAGACACAUUUAACGAAACGAAAAUCACGCUUACUAAUCUUGAUCCCGUGACGACAUACACGGUGCAGAUUCACGCCACUAAUGGCAUAUCAUACCUCAUUGACUUGAGUCUUAAUUCAAACGAAACGUCAGCAAACAAUGAAAUUUUGUUUGCUAACUCGUCUACUGCAAGCAAUCAGCUUGAUUUAAACGAAAUAAAGACAGAGCACGCGGAAAUAAUUUUUACAACUGAAUCUGCUCUACUUUCAACCGUGUUCAAUUUACGAAUUUUGGCCAUAACCAGCAAAGAUGCCGAUCUUGAAUGGGACAAGCCUCUGCAGAACGAUGCUCCUUUGGAGUUUUAUGAAGUGCGGUGGUUUCCCAAGCUCGAAUUGGAUUCCAUUAAUAAAUCGGCCUUAAAUACAAAGGACACGAAGGCACACAUCGAAGGACUGCUGGAGAGUACAGAAUAUGGCUUUCAAGUUCGCUGUAAAACCAUCAAUGGCUUCGGCUCUUAUAGUAAUAUGAUCUAUGCGCAAACGCUUCAGUCCGUAAGUUCUGUUUAUGACGAUUCUGUCCAAAUACGAUUCAUAGCUGGUGCGAUUGUGACGGGCGUGCUUUUUCUGGUUAUAUUUAUUGUUGCCACCGUCUACUUUAUGCGAUCUAAGCAUCAAGAUGAGCUCGAUAAGAAGUCUACAAAUCAUUUGCCUUUACCGAUGGACUACGCCAGUAAUGAAGUUAAUUCAAUGGAUACUACUCCAAUUGUCAAGACUCUUCAUUCAAACGUGACAACGCCCUUGUUUGGCAAUAGUCGGAGCUACGUCGAUCCUCAUACAUAUGAGGAUCCUAAUCAGGCUAUAAGGGAGUUUGCUCGAGAAAUAGAUGCCAACUACAUAACUAUAGAAGCAAUUAUUGGAGGUGGAGAAUUCGGUGAUGUAUGCCGUGGUCGUUUGAAGAUACCUCCAAACUUUGUGCAGGACAUUGAUGUGGCAAUAAAGACUUUGAAACCAGGAUCUUCGGAAAAGGCACGUUGUGAUUUUUUGACUGAAGCUUCAAUAAUGGGACAGUUCGAUCAUCCGAAUGUAAUAUAUCUGCAAGGUGUGGUUACCCGCUCCAAUCCGGUUAUGAUAAUAACUGAGUACAUGGAAAAUGGUAGCUUGGACACAUUCCUGCGAGUGAAUGACGGCAAAUUCCAAACGCUUCAGCUGAUUGUAAUGCUCCGUGGCAUAGCCAGUGGCAUGUCUUACCUGAGUGACAUGAAUUAUGUGCAUAGAGACUUGGCGGCCCGAAAUGUUCUCGUUAAUGCCCAAUUGAUUUGCAAGAUUGCGGACUUUGGUUUAUCACGAGAAAUCGAAAAUGCAAGUGAUGCGUACACAACACGUGGCGGUAAAAUACCAGUACGUUGGACUGCUCCAGAAGCAAUUGCAUUUAGAAAGUUUACGUCCGCAUCGGAUGUUUGGUCUUACGGCGUAGUUUUAUGGGAGGUCAUGUCCUAUGGUGAACGUCCAUACUGGAACUGGUCAAAUCAGGACGUAAUCAAGAGCAUUGAAAAAGGCUAUCGCCUACCGGCUCCAAUGGACUGCCCAGAAGCACUUUAUCAGUUGAUGUUAGAUUGCUGGCAAAAGCAGCGAACGCAUCGUCCCACAUUUGCCAGCAUCGUUUCGACCCUUGACAACUUGGCGAGACAGCCGCAGUCAUUGCUGACAACUCGCAACUCACCGGAAACAGACGGGGUUCAUAUUUUGGAUACACAACGCGGACAGAACAUAUUCAUAAGCACUGACUUAUGGUUGGAGAAUAUUAAAAUGUCAAGAUACUGUCAGCAUUUUAAAGAGGCUAAUUUAGUGAAUGCUCAACAGAUCUCUAGGUUAACAGCUCAACAGCUGUCGGAUAUGGGGAUAACUUUAGUAGGACAUCAGAAAAAGAUUUUACACCAAGCCCGACAACUGGACACAAUAAUCUAAUUGAUCCAUUUUAAUUUAGUAGUGUAAACCAUUAAGAUGUACAUACAAAUAUUAUACACACAGCAUACAUACAUAUAUACAAGCAAACGACACGUGUGAGAUACAAAACAAGAAAAACCCAUACGUAAUAUAAGAACAAAAAUCGAAAUUUCUCAGUACGAUAGCUAAGAAUAUAUAUAUAUAGUGACUACCUUUAUAUAUAUAUAUAUAUAUAUAUAUUAUAUAUAUAUAGUUAAAAAGAUUUUUUACAUUUCGCCUACGCCAUUUUUUACCUUAUGCAUGUCAUGUCCAUUAACUGAAGCAUCAUCUCUAAUGCUACUAGUAUCCCAUACUAGUUGACUGCUAUUUUUCACAUAAUGCGUUGUGUUAUAAAACAGGAAGACUUAAGAAACUGAUGCAUUUUUAUAAGUACACGAAUCAAAUAAAAGUAAGUCAAGUGCACAAUUGACACAAAUCUAUUAACUUGAAUACCUCUGCACUGAGGUAAAUAUGUUUCCGUAGCUGUGGCAGUUGUAGUGUCAAAUGUUCACCAUAUAAAGAGAAUAGAUUCCUUCGAUCUGUGCAUGCAUUUGCAUUUUGGCAGACAUCCAUAGGAACGGAAGACAACUCUUCUCCUGACGGUGUCGCUUAUCUGGUAGUACUUCCGGCAUAUACAUUUUUAGUUAUGUAUAUAACAAUCAAUUCCCCCAAUACUAGACGAUGUUAAGAACUAUUAAUGAGGCUGAAUUAAAUUCAUUUCAACACAUACCAUACAGAAGCACAACAUCUAAAUGAUGUAUACAUUUUUAUAAAAGAAAGCUUUUGAUUUUGUACGGUUAUUCGGUAUUGAUAUUUGGCUUUCUAUCUACAUACAUACAUACUUACACACAUACAUACAUAAACAACUACCUUUAUUAGAGUAGAAAACAAAUUACGUUAAUUACAUAUUGUAGAUUUAUUACAACAAAACAGUAAAAGUAUGCUUUUUGCAGUUCAUGUAUUUUAUUUGUAGCCUGAUUCAAUUAAAAGAAAAGAACAUGUUCGAAAGACAGUUAAUCAUAAUAAAGAAACACCUCCAACGCCAUUAUGGCUUUUGUAAACUCUGUAA